GAGUUGACAUGGACAUGGCGGACGAGUACAUGGCGUUUCCUGGAGGGCGGCGGCAAGGCAGCAUCUGCACGACAGUGACAGCGCUGCCGAUGAGCAUCACGUCCAGGAUCUUCUCUUGUUUCAGUUGGAGUGGAGCUGCAUCGAGAAUCGACAUGCAAAGCGGACGUCGCGUACGCAUCGACAAGGGUAUCGCCGAGGGAGGGUUCUCCUUUGUAUAUGCCGUCCAUGACACAGACUCGAUGGAGCAGUUUGCGAUGAAGAAAAUCUCUUGCCAGUCGUCCGAGCAACGACAAACGGUGCUGCACGAACUUGGCGUGCACAAGAAAUGCCACCACAAGAACUUAAUGCCUCUGGUCGACUAUGCAGUGGUGCAUACCGCUGCACCCGAUGUGAGCACGUAUUACCUGCUGUUUCCGUUAGUGGAGAAUGGUUCGUUGAGGCAAUACAUUGACUCCUAUCGAUCACGGCAAGCAUUCAUGCCGGAGCGCGCCGUCCUAGACAUUUUCCUCAAGGUCAGUCACGCUGUCGCCUUUCUUCAUGCACAAGAACCAUGCUUGGUCCACCGCGAUAUCAAGCCUGAGAAUGUGCUGCUUGAUCACGAUCUGGACCCAAUUUUGACGGACUUUGGGUCCGUUGUUGAAGGUGACAUUGCCAUCUUGACGCGGACAGAUGCCCUUCAUGCGCAGGAGGUGGCGUCCAUUCACAGUUCGAUGGCAUAUCGAGCACCAGAGCUGUACGACGUGGCAACUGCAUCCACUCUGACGAGUCAGACCGAUGUGUGGUCCAUGGGGUGCUUGCUGUAUGCGAUGGCAUUUGGAUAUUCGCCUUUUGAGUGCUCCGUCAAUGAUUAUGGCCAGGUGUGCUCGUUCUCGUCCUCACGAUCGAGAGAGUACAUUGCACCUUAACGUACAGCAGGUGAAAAUGACCGAGUGCACCUACUUGGCAGUGCUCGGGACGGUCAAGUUUCCCAGUCAAGUCCCGUACUCGCCGUUCGUGUUGGACCUCAUUCGAUACAUGCUGAUCGUUGACACUACCCAGCGACCUACAAUGGCCAACGUCAUUGAUCGCUUGGAGCAUCGAACGUAAAGCGACCGCUUGUCCUUUCACGACGAAGCAAUCUUUACUCCGUCCUGUCUCGAUUACCCACACGACCCAUUUCAUCUGGACGGCCCCAUAUUACUCUUGUGCACGCCUUUUUCAUGGAGACCAAGUUCUCCCUUCAGAUACAUUUGAAGUCAGCGCCGCGAAGACCAAAGUCUAGUACACUUGCCGGUUAUAAUCAUGCCCUUUCAAAUUGCUAAGAGUUGCCAUAUUGCUCGCGUGGAGAAGUGCGCCGUGGAGAAGUUGAGUCGACCGUUUUUUGUUGGAUCUAUUUUCGUGAAGCGUUACGAAAAUGCUCAAUACUUGAAAGGUCAAAUUGAG